UAUUAUUGAGAAAUUUAUGUGUCUGUAUUGUUCAGUGAUAUAACCAGCUUACACUGAAUACCGAUGCAAUUUAGAACUCCUUGAUGAAGCGAUUGUGCCUCACAACAGAAUGAUAAUGCCAAUUGUUUGAACGUUGUGAUAAACACCUGAAAAUACUUUGGAUAUACUUAGGGUGGCUUAUCAUCAACCAUCAAACUUUGUUGUUUUAUUUUCAGCUAUUUGCAAAUUUCCUAAACCAGAGUACUGUGAGGGAAAGGAUUUCAAGGAGCAAGAAACUUUGAAUAACAACAUGAUGGCUGUAGACACUAUGGGAUUUAUUCCAAUGCUUUGCUUGGCGCUGUUGGUGAUCACAGUGGCGGGACGGGCAAUUGAGUCAAACGUCUCUGGUGCGGACCAAAUGCAAAAUGAUGGUGUUGUCAAAAAGGCUGAAGACGGUUUGCGGAAAUACAAUGGACCAGCAGUUCACCACUUCGCAAAACACGGUCUGUGUAACCACAGUUUCGGCAAGAUCAGAUUCUUUAGGGCUCUCCAGAAGCACUUCCAUAACAUAUCAGAUGAUAUGAAAAUCGCAUUUGUCCUUGACGUUUGUAAGAGAGGAGAUCAGAUGCUGACAAAAUGGGUUCAGGAAAUAUUUGACAGAGACGGUGACGGAUACAUCAGCCAUUUUGAAAGAGAUAUCUACAGAUGAGCUUAAUACAACAGCGUUCGUCAUCCCAACUGCUAACCAGCAAAUGAAACCAUUCCUUUUUACGGGUAUCAGUAUUUUCGUAGCGGAUACUUUAUUGAGGAAAAACCUGUCUCCUUUCAAGAGGGGAGUAAUUGGAUGUUUCGGUCGGACAUUUGUAAUGACAAUAGAGCGUGUCUCGAUAUAAAGUCGCUUUCAUAUUUUGUAUACACUUCUGAAAUGUGCUAAGCGUAUGCUAUAAAACCAGGAUGUUUGUAGUUAAGACGCAGAAUAAGAAUGACACGAGUAUAUAAUUAGAAAGCAACGAGCAUCUACGAGAAUAUUUCAUUUGUGAUAUUAUGACAUUUCUAAAUAUUGUCAAUUUUUUCGUUACGUGUAAACUUACGUUAAGUGUGAUCCCAUUGGUCACCACUACAGUCUGUGAUAACCUCGUUUUCGAGGUAUGUAUGCAUUUAUCAGUUGGCAAUGCCUUUCUAUUUAACAAACCCACCUUGUGUGUUUUACGCAGCAAACACGUUCAAGUGCGGAUACUGCAUUGACUAGUCAUGUUUGUUAGAUAUAUUUUGUUUGUUUUGCAUGCCUUUUACCGCCAUGUUAUUAUUUAUUUUAUAGCGCGUCCAAAAACAAGUUUGACCGCAUAGAGAUACUUACAUUUAAUUUAAAAAAACAUAUGUGUACAUAUUUAUUUUGCAUGUAUGUUCAAAUAUUAUCCAAAUUCAUAUAUGAUUAAAC